UCUGGGCUUUCCUCGAGAUCUCCCUCCCUCCGGCAGUCGACCCAGCCCAAUCUGCAUCGUGCCUGACCAUCCCCGGCGUGCUCCCAAUCUACUCGUCAUGUCCGUGCUGCUCGAAACAUCGCUUGGCGAUAUUGUCAUCGAUCUGGAGGUCAAGAAGGCCAGGCAGUCGUGCAUCAACUUCCUCAAGCUCUGCAAGGCCAAACGCUACAACUUUGCACUCUUCCACAACGUCCAAAAGAACUUUACAGCCCAGUGCGGCGACCCCUUUGGCACCGGAAACGGCGGCGAAUCGAUCUGGGGAAUCAUGAAAGGCCCUGCCUACCGCCUGUUUGCACCCGAGAUCCAUCCAAAGCUGAAGCACAACAAGAAGGGCACAGUUUCGUUUGCCACUCUGGGAGCCGACGAAAGCGGUCUCCCCGUCGCUGGUUCCCAGUUUUUCAUCACUCUGUCUGACGACCACCUGGACUAUCUGGACGGCAAGCAAGCAGUUUUUGGAUACGUCGCCGAAGGAUUCGAGACUCUCGACAAGAUCAACGCCGCCCUCUCGGACGAAUCAAACCGGCCGUUCCGUGAUAUACGGAUCCGGCAUACCAUUGUUCUGGACGAUCCCUUCGAUGACCCGGAGGAGCUGCUGCCAUUCGUCCCCGAGCAAUCUCCCGAGCCCACUGAGGAGAUGAUCAAAGCCGGUCGCAUCGGUGAAGACGAAGAGCUCUUCCCUGAUGUGGAUCCAGAGGAACUUGAACGCCAGCAAAAGGCCAAGGAGGCCGCCGCACAGGCGCUGACCCUCGAAAUUGUGGGCGACCUUCCAUUUGCCGAAAUCAAGCCACCGGAUACUGUCCUCUUUGUCUGCAAGCUGAACCCAAUCACCCGUGAUGAGGAUCUGGAGCUCAUCUUCUCUCGGUUUGGCGAGAUCGUGAGCUGUGAAGUCAUUCGCGACAAGAAAACUGGCGAUUCGCUAUGCUAUGCGUUUAUCGAGUUUGAGGCCAAGGAGCAAGCUGAGGAGGCGUACUUCAAAAUGGACAACGUGCUUAUUGACGACCGGAGAAUCCAUGUGGACUUUUCCCAGAGCGUCUCCAAGUUGCAUCUCGAUUUCAUGAGAUCCAAGCAAUCUGGGGGCGAAUAUGGAGCUGGAUUCCAAAAGCGAUCCAAGUAUCGUGUUGCCGACGAGGAAGAGAAAAACUACGAUCUGGUGUUUGAGCACGAGGGGAACCUGGAUUCCGAGAAGAGCCAGGGAAGCAGCAAGCGAAGACGGGUCGACGACGACAACGAACCCGGCGACAACGAACCGCAACCGGUGGUGUCUCGAUCUGAUUUAUCGACAGAAAGCAGGCGGGGCGACGGACAACGACCGGAGGGACGAUCGACAGGGUGGAGCCGAGGCGACAGUAGAGACGUCUAUCGCAAGCAAGAUCGCGAUGAUUGGCGAAACGACCGGCGAAGCGACCGGCGAAAUGACCGGCGAGAUGACCGGAAAGACGACCGGCGAGAUGAUCGACGAGAUCACCGCCGAGAUGAUAGACGGGAUGAUCGACGAGAUGAUCGACGGGAUAACCGAUAUCGCUCCCGAUCUGACCGCAAGUAGCCGAGUCUGCCGACCACGCCAAGUGAAUGGAGCACUUUGGCAAUCAGAGCAUUGAAUAACCACUUUCCCGGACUGCAUCGGGCCAUCAAAUUAUAUGUGGGCCUGCAUGCAUUGAUGAGUUCGCGAGCUCAGUCGUUUGGCUGGAUGAGUGGAUCUUGAAGGGAUGACAGACUUGGUGGUGGCGAACGUGGAUUUGGAAUGGGUGCGUAUUACCAUCCAAAAAGCAGUACAUGUACACUCUAAAUAUGAGCGAACGGGACACCACACCCGCUUCCAUGAACAUGAAGUAUGUGAUGAGC